ACCUCAAUGUAGUUCUUUUCUCUUUAGGAAGCAUGACCCUCCUGAAGACCCGUAGCAGGAGGCGUGGCUGUGGAUGAUAGAACAGGGCAGGGACACAAGGCGGGCCCUCGCUUUCGAUUGGCCCUCCCACCCCUCCCGGAAGUUGAGUCGCGGACUGGGCGCACUCUGAAGUUGCCGGGACGCUCUUGGCGCGCUGCUUCCUCUCUGACUCCGUCAGUCUCGGCGGGGACCCACGAGGAUCAAAAUGCCUCGGUACGCGCAGCUGGUGAUGGGCCCCGCCGGCAGCGGAAAGAGCACAUACUGCCAUACCAUGGUCCAGCACUGUGAGACCCUGAACCGCUCCGUCCAAGUGAUGAACCUGGAUCCUGCAGCCGAGCACUUCAGCUACCCUGUGAUGGCAGACAUCCGGGAGCUGAUUGAGGUGGACGACGUCAUGGAGGAUGACUCCCUGAGGUUUGGCCCCAACGGCGGCUUGGUCUUCUGCAUGGAGUACUUUGCCAAUAACUUCGACUGGCUGGAGAGCUGUCUCGGGCAUGUGGAAGAUGACUACAUCCUCUUUGACUGCCCAGGCCAGAUCGAGCUCUACACUCACCUGCCAGUGAUGAAGCAGCUGGUGGAGCGCCUGCAGCAGUGGGAGUUCCGCGUCUGUGGGGUCUUUCUGGUGGACUCUCAGUUUAUGGUGGAGUCGUUCAAGUUUAUCUCCGGGGUCAUGGCAGCCCUCAGCGCAAUGGUAUCUCUGGAAAUCCCACAGAUUAAUAUUAUGACCAAGAUGGACUUGCUGAGUAAGAAAGCAAAGAAGGAAAUAGAAAAGUUCCUUGAUCCUGACAUGUAUUCUUUGAUAGAGGAUUCUACAGGUAUAUUAAGAAGCAAAAAAUUCCAAAAGUUGACUAAUGCCAUCUGUGGAUUGAUCGACGACUACAGUAUGGUCCGGUUUUUGCCCUAUGACCAAUCAGAUGAAGAAAGCAUGAACAUUGUCCUACAGCAUAUUGACUUCACCAUUCAGUAUGGAGAAGACUUGGAGUUUAAAGAACCAAAGGAACAGGAAGAAGACAGCUCAUCCAUGUUCGAUGAAUAUUUUCAAGACCUGGGGAAUAAAUGAAGAUAUUUAAUUUUUCCAGUAUUUAUUAAAGCAUGAAGAGCUUUGCAGGCAGAAUCUUACAAAGACUCGUUUUUAGCCUCAGGGAGAAGUGAUGGAGAAUUCAUCUUUCCAAAGCAGAAAAGAAUAUAUGGCUAAUCCACAAUUUGAACUUUGUCACUUCCUCCUUCCCCCAAAGAAAAAGGAUAAUUUGAAAAAAUCUACAAAUGUUUCCAAAUGGAGUCCUAAAUUCUCUAGGAUGUAUAUUACAUCCUGGCUGGGCUCUAAAUAUAGUCUGACUCGGGAUUCCCAUUUAGAACAAUUUAGGUUUGUAAAAAACACACAAUUAUGUGUUGACAAACCCUUGGUGCUGCUAUUUCUAGUAGAGAAGGGCUCAAUUUACUUUCAUUUGGGGGGAAGGACAGUUGGCAUUGUGAUGUGGAAGUGGUGAAGAAGGAGAUUUCAGCUUCCUAUCAAGAAAGAAAGAUUCCUUGACAAUGUAAGCUGCAUCCAGAUCUCAUGGGGCCCUUCAGGAUUCAGAGAUGGUCUGCCUUACUUCAAUCAAAGGCUGGUCUUGAAUGGUGGAAAGGAUCAUUUUUUACAGAUUCAAUUUGGACCAGAUGGCCUCUUUACUCAAAUUCUUUCCUGUGGUUUUGCUGUAGAAAAAUGAUUCCAUUCCCUUCCCUCAGAAUGGAUUGCCUAGAAAUUAGUUUUGUAAUAAGAAAUAAAAUGUUUUAUUUCAGUUA